GUGCCCAGGACGGCUGGGAUGAGGCCAGUGUGGGCCUGGGCUUGAUCUCCAUUCUCUGCUUUGCUGCGUCUACCUUCCCGUGGUUAAAAAGAAACUGGAACAGUAAAUGGCAGUAUGUAUAAUGGUUAAGAGCAAGACCGGAGGCUCAGGUAGGGGUUGAAUCCGAGCCGUAUGGCACAGCUUCCUCCAGGCCCCGUGAGGAGGUCAUCGUGGUAGACUGGACAGCACAGGUGUCUUGAGGACAGAAUGAGUCAACACACACACAGAGGGCUCAGAACUGCCCUGGGCCUCAGUGCCACCACCAGCUUUGGCUUCAAACCCGCACCUGACCAGAAGUCCUAAGAGGGUCCCAGCACCGGGGACCUUUGGGAAAACAGCUAGGGGACCAAAAGCCCACCACCUUGAUAGUGGAGCCCCAGGCACCUCAGCCCCGCCCUUCUCUGUUGCCCUCUAAAGAGAACCGGGCCGGGGUUCUGCCUGUCUUGGCUGCAGCUGCUCCUGGAGACCCGGCGUGCCCAGGCCUUCGGCCCGUGUGUCCCUUCCCCAGCACCGUUCUUGUUGCCGCGCCCCUCCCUGCAUCCAUAGGAGAAAGGAUCCAGGGUUCUAUGCAGCGGUUCUCAGGGCCCAACACAAAACUUCAGGACCCUACAUAAGCCCCAGAUCCCCACUGGAGACCCCAGGGUGUGGUGGAGGAGAAUCUGAGUAAGGCUGGGGCUUUCCCUGGAGAGAGGCAUAGCCGUAGAGCCCUCGGCUUAGAAGGGAUUCCCCGGGAGACUCCUCCAAAGAGCUGAGAAGGCUCCUGAGGAUCCUGCCCGUGGGGAAGGUGGGCCCCCAGGCCAGCUCCUCUCCAUUACCGCCUCACUCCCCCGUGGUCAUCUCUGGGCGGUGUCCCCUGUAAGGCGGCAUUCCCUGUAAGGUGGCCCGAACACGCGUCCCCUCCUCUUCCUCUUCCACAGCCAGUUCAUCAAAGCCUACAAGACGGGCAACAUGGACCAGGCGCUGUCCCUGUGGUUCCUCCUGGGCUGGAUCGGCGGAGACUCCUGCAACCUCAUCGGCUCCUUCCUUGCUGACCAGCUGCCCCUGCAGUCCUACACAGCUGUGUAUUAUGUCAUGGCAGACCUGGUGAUGCUGACGCUGUACUUUUACUACAAGUUCAGGAAACGCCCCUCUCCGUGGGCCCGUUCAGCAGGCACAGCUCCAGCUCCUCCUCUGUGUCCAGCCCUGGGCUUGGAGCUGGGGAAACGAGGACAAGUCACACAAGCUGCCUCUGCCCCAGCCUUCAGGAGGAGCAGGAGACAAGUGUCUGCCCCCAUCAACUCCAUGCUGCUAUUCCUCAUGGGGACGGCGUGCGCCACACCGCUGCUGAGCGCUGCUGGGCCCGUGGCUGCCCCGCGGGAAGGCUUCCGGGGACGGGCGCUCCUGUCCGUGGAGCCGGGCAGCAAGCCCUUCACCCGGCAGGAAAUCAUCGGCUUCGUCAUCGGCUCCGUCUCCAGUGUGUUGUACCUGCUCUCCCGGCUGCCUCAGAUCCGCACCAACUUCCUCCGGAAGUCCACCCAGGGGAUCUCCUACUCGCUGUUCGCGCUGGUGAUGCUGGGGAACACGCUGUAUGGGCUGAGCGUGCUGCUCAAAAACCCCGAGGAGGGCCAGAGCGAGGGCAGCUACCUGCUGCACCACCUGCCCUGGCUUGUGGGCAGCCUGGGCGUGCUGCUGCUCGACACCAUCAUCUCCAUCCAGUUCCUGGUGUACAGGCGCAGCGCCGCCGCCUCGGAGCUUGAGCCCCUCCUCCUCCCCAGCUGACCGAGGCCGGCUGAGCGCAGGAGGACGGGGACCACCGGAAGCCACACCAGGCAGGGGGAGGUGUGGGCAGUGAUGGUGCUGCAGCUCUGCAUCAGUGUGUGGGCGGCCUCUGGAUCCCCCAUGGACCGAACCAUCCCCUCUGGGAACACACCUUCAGGUAGACCCUGAAGCCUCGAGGCCGGGGCUGGAGCGGAGACCCCAGGGCCUCUCAGGAGACAGGCUGCCCCUCCUACCACCUACCUCAUUCUGCCUACUCACCCCAGGGGCCACAGCUGCAGCCUGCGGGACUCAGGACUGUCCUGUCAACUCCAGACAACCGAGUAAACAGGCCGGGUGUGGUGGCUCACACCUGUCAUCCCAGAACUUUGGGAGGCGGAAGUGGGUGGAUCACUUGACGUCCGGAGUUCAAGACCAGCCUGGCCAACAUGGUGAAACCCCGUCUCUACCAAAAAUACCAAAAUUAGCCGGGUGUGGUGGCACACACCUGUAGUCCCAGCUACUUGGGAGGCUGAGGCAGGAGAAUUGUUUGAACCCAGGAGACAGAGGUUGCAGUGAGCUGAGAUCGUGCUACUGCACUCCAGCCUGGGUGACAGAGUGAGACACCAUCUCAAAAAAAUAAAAAAGACAACCGAGGAAACGGUACCUCCCC